UUUUUAACCAAUCAGCGCUUCUGUUCUUUGUGACCUGCGCCAAAUUCAAAACGUCUUGUUAGCAUCGAACGUUUUUGUGGUUCUUUGUGGGUACCCCGUUCGAUCUUCGAUGGAUUUUAAAUUAUCACUCCGUUAGGUUAUUUUAUACGCUCGUCACAACAACUGACAUCAUGAGUUGGGCAGAUGAUGAGUGGAAGGAUGGCCUCCCAUUCAAAGCAUUACAAAAAGUGCAACAGAUGGAAACCAAUCUAGAAAAAUUGAAAAAAGAACAAAAACAGAAGCAAUUCCAGCUGGAUAGUUUGAAUCAAGCCUAUCAGAAACAAAUGAGAAAAGUGGAAGAGGAAAAAACUCAGAUAACCGGUUUAAAAAGAGAUAACCAGAGACUAGAGGAGUCCUGUGGUGAUCUGGAGAACAAAAGACAGAAGGUGAUGCAUGACUUGCAAACUAAAGAUUCUCAUAUCGCGUGUCUGGAAGGCCAGCUGUCUCACAUCAAGGCAUCGCUGGAGUCGGAGUCAACCCGCAAUCAUCAGCUAAAAGGCGAACUUGAAAGGGCAGAAUCUCAGCAUUCUGGCUCUUUGAAGAAACUUGAAAAGUUGUCCGGUGAGCAUUCUCGUCUGCAAGAGAAUUGCAAUCAUCAGAAAAGACAAUUGGAAGUCCAAAGUGACAAAAUAAAAAGUCUUCAAAGUGAUGUAAAGAGGCUAGAGUACGAAAUUGAAAAGGGGGAGAGAACCAGACACUUUAGUUCAUCAUCCUUUGGACAUUCUGGGGAUGAUGAUGUGAGUAGUUUUAAAACACAACUAAGAGAACUACAGGCUAAGUAUGAGGCUGAAGUAGCAGAACAUGAGAAAGUUUCUAACAAAUUAAAAAUCCUGCAGCAACAGGUUGACAAAGAACUUUCUAUGAAGACAAAUGAAAUGAAAAGCCUGAAAAAGUCAAAUCACACUCUAAGUCUGAAAAUUGACAACCAAAAUUUGGCGAAAGAAAAUAAAUCAGACGCACUUCAGAAGUCUAUGAGUGAGGAAAAGUCGAUGACUGAGGUUGCACUUCAUCAAAUGGAGACUACGUUGCAAGAUCUGAAGAAACAAAAUGAAGCUAUCAAGGUCGAUAGUUCGAAGUUGGAAUUGAAGCUGCAAGCCAAGGAGAAGGAAGUGACCCAGUUGAAUGAAAAAAUCUCAGAAAUUCAAACAUCAUUAAAAUCUUCAAAAGAAAUGUUGGUUGAGAAAGAUAAAGUGUUGCAUCAGUUGCAAGCUGAAUUAAACAAAGUGACUGCUGAUUUAGAUAAAGCUAAUUCAAAGCUUACAGGGCUGGAGCGAAAAAACAAGCAGCUUACACAAGAACUUGAUUGUCAACGCCACAAUGCAGAAGCUGCUCGAAAAGCGCUGGAAGAUAGGAUGAAAGAAAAGGAGAAGGAACUACAUGAUGAAAUAUCACAGCAAUCAAAAACUAUUAUGGGUAUGGAUAAACAAUUCAAUGAAAUGAAGAAUAAAAUGCAGCAAGAAAUCAACCACUCACGGAAUGAAUAUAAUAGUGUGCAAAGCAAGUUUGAAAAGGCAGAGCAGCAGAAUCUAAUUUUAGAAAAAAGAAUCAAGGAAUUUGAACAGAAGGUCCAUAGUGCUGAUGAAAUUAAGAAAAAUCAUGACUCUGUUAUCGCUGAUCUCAAUGGAAAAAUAGCAGAGGUAGAGAAGGAGAAACAUAGCAUUGCUAGUAAAUUGGAACUGAGUGAAAGUCGGGUUUGUAAUCUUGAGAAACAGGCUAGCAAGGCCAAAGAGGAUCUCCAGCUGAGUGAGAAUGUUGUUUGCAGUAUGAAAGGAACAAUACUGGAGAAAGACCUUGAGCUUGAAUGUGUGAGAUCAGAUUGUCAGGAUGAGACCAGUAAAAUGGUUGUCACAUUGGAGAAUUACAAGAAGCAGUAUGCUGAACUGGAAAAGAAACAUGGUGGUGCGCUUGAUCUUGCCAAGAAGCAUGAGCAUGACGUUUCUCAGCUCACUGGAAAAUUGCUGGAGUCUGAAGCUGAAGUUGGUAAAUAUCAAGUUCUGCUGGAGGAGUGCAAGAGGGAAUUAGAGGCUUGUAAGAAGGAGAAUGAGAUGCAACAGGAAAAUGGGAAAAGUGUAUCUCAAGAAAUGCAGAAAUUGAAAAAUGACUUACAAAACUUGGAAUUAGCAACUAAGAAAGCUGAAGACCAGUAUGUUGAAGUUCAGAGUAAACUUGAUCACAAGAUUUGUGAGAAGACUGAACUCGAUAAGGUUAUUGCCGAGUUGAAGUUGGCAAAAGGGAAUAGUGAGCACUGUCUAGAAAGCAGUCAGAGAGAAGUGUCAACUUUGAAAGCAACUCUUGCUGAGAUGCAACAGUCACAGGAAAAAAAACAUAGUCAACAAGAGGAUACUGUCAAUGAGAUGAAAACUAUGAUGGGACAGCUUGAAAACAAAAACGAAGAGUUGGCAAAACAUUUAGACCGUGAGAAAUCCACCAUAAAUCAGCUGCAACAGGUGAACACAGAUUUGAAAGAACUGAAUGAGAAUCUGAAUAAGACUGUUAAGGCAAAGGAUGAGGACCUGCAGACACGUGAACAAAAAUGGCAACAACAGAAGGCCGAGUUACAAAAAUCACUGGAUAAUCUUGAUGGUCAUUUGAAAAAAGCAGAAGAAGAGAAAAUUAAACUUCAGAAUGAAAAAGAUGAGAGUCUAUUGAUGAAGUCUAACGAACUUCUAGCUAAGUGUGAGGAGAUUAGAACUUUACAUGGAGAAUCAAAGAAAAUGGAAACGCAUUUGGAAAGCAUUGAAGCCAAGCUGAAUGUGGAAAAACGUAACUGUAGUGAACUGAAAACAAGUCAUGACGAACUGCAAACAAAGAACUCAGAGUUACAACAAGCUCUGGAUGACAAUAAAAAAGAAAUUGAAGCACUCACAGGAUCUUUUAGUGAGAAGACUGAGCUGCUCCAAACUACCGUUGACAACCUGAAGACAGAUAAUACAGCAUUGCAGAAAGAUUACAAAAAGGCUUGUGAAUUGGCAGAUAUGAAAGCAGCUGAUGCAAAUGAUAUGCUCAUUAAAGUAGAGCUCUCUGAAAAGGAAGUUUGUAAACUGAGAGAAAGACUGCAGCAUACUGAGGAUUCAUUAAAUGAAGCAAAGUCAGCUGAAAGUGUUGCUCUGAAAGAUAAAGAAGAGACCUUAAAAACACUCCAACAAAAGGAAGCCAUGCUGCAGACGUUGAGUGAUGAUUUGAAAGAAGUGGGAUCACAGAAAAAAGAAAAAGAAACUCAUUUACAAGAUGUGAUCAACAAUUUGCAGCAGCAAGCUUCACACUUGGAAGAUUGCAUGAAAGAGAAAAUUGAUGACUUGACCACCCUGACAAACACAUUAUCAGAAAAAGAAACCUUGAUUGAAAUUCUACAGACAGAACUUUGUGACAUGAAGUUAAACCUGGAACAAACAACCACUCUGGCUGGAAACCGAGAGUCGGAACUUAGCGAACUGUUGAAACAAGUGGAAAAUUGUGAAAAAGAAGUCCUGACCUUGCAGUCUAAACUACAUAAAGCUGAAAGCGAUAUGGGUACUUUAGAACAGCAGCACUCAAUGGCGACAGAGCAUCUUGAGCAGAGUCAGAAUGCACUGAAGGCUAAAGAUGGAGAAUUAUCCAGCACAGUUCAGGAAUUAGAACAACUACAAAGUAAAUUUGAUAGCACUGCUGCUACCAUGAAUGCAACCAUAGAGGACUUGCAGAAUAGUAAGAAGAAUUUGGAAGAGACAGUGGAACAGAACAGGGCUGCUCUGUUGGAAAAGGAUGACGAAAUUGAUGAUCUGCAUGGCGAGGUGGGCAUGCUGGAAGACUCAAUUGAUGAUCUGAGAGACAAGAUUCAGAAGAAGAUGGACGAUUUCAGUAACCAGCUAGCCACACAGCAAAAUGAGAAUGCCAAGAUUGUAGAACAUGUGAGAAAGAAAGAAAAAGAUGUAAAUGUCCUCAAACAAAAACUUCAAAGUACGGAGGAGGAGAACCAGAAAAUGUGUAGUAAAUUAGAACUUUUACAGAUGGAUGUCGAGGACAAAGAUGCUUCAAUUGAAACAUUUGAGAAACAGGUAGAACUGCUGGAGACUACUGUAUUAUCUAUGAAAGUAUCACAAAGUGAGAAAGAUGCCGCUGUCAAAUCAAUGCAGGAUGAACUAAAUCAAGCACAGAGUAAACUGGAUUCAUUGCAAACUGGAGACAAAGAAAACAUGAAGACAAUAGCGACAUUGAAGCAGCAAUUAGAGCAGCAAAAUGUCACAGUUGACAAUCUGAAGAGUAGUGUGAAGGAUGGGGAAGAUGUGAUGACCGAGCUCAGCAAUGAGUGUGAGAAGUUGAAGGUGAAGUUGGAUGCUACCGAAAGUUUGUUGCAGACAAAUGAGGGAAAAGUAGAGAGCAUGCAAGAACAGUUGACUGACAUGGAACAUGUCAUGAUUAGAUCAAAAGAUGAACAUGAGAAGCUAGCUGCCGAGAUGUUGCAAGAAAAGAAUGUCUUGCAGACUCAAUUAGAGCUCAGUGCUAAAGAUGUCAAAAACAAAGAGAAUCUUGUGCAAGAAUUAACAGUCAGUGUACAGCAACUGGAACAACUUUGUCAACAACUGAAGAGCGAAAAUGAAAAACUGAUGUUGGACAUUGAGCUGGCUAGGACCGAGGCUGUUAAUGUUUCUGAUGAGAAUGUUAAUCUGAAAGAUGAUUUGAACAGACUGAAUUUGGAACUUAAAACUUCACUUGAUAUGGCAGCCAGUGUGUCAUCAGAACAUGAAGCUAAGCUUGCGCUACUUGAAAAGGAGAAAACUCAACUUAAUGGUAAGCUUGAGGAAGCUCUCUUCAAUCUUGACAAUGGAGCUCAAGAUAUAGAAAGAUUCAACGAACAACUUACGACUUUGUCAUCCCAAAACGAUCUUUUAAAACAACAAUAUGAGCAGCUAUCGCUUAACCAUGAUAAACUCAAAGAGCAAUUUGAUACAGUGAAUAAUGAAAAGGCAUCACUGCUGAUACAGAUGGAGGCCCAAAGCCAGAAGCUUGAGAACAAUCAGUCUGAACUGUUGCAGAAGACCGAGGACAGCAAUGUGGAGAUUACACA